CCGCCCACCCUAUAUAAAUUCCACCCAUCUCCCCACGCCGCGCCCUCUCGCCCAGAACCCUAGCCCUCGCGCCGCCGCAAGCGCUCGAGCUCCUCGCCGCCCGCGGGCUCGCGCUGCCGCAACGCAACCAUGAAGUUCAACAUCGCGAACCCGACCACCGGGUGCCAGAAGAAGCUCGAGAUCGAUGACGACCAGAAGCUGCGUGCCUUUUAUGACAAAAGAAUCUCCCAGGAAGUCAGUGGUGAUGCUCUUGGCGAGGAAUUCAAGGGUUACAUCUUCAAGAUUAUGGGUGGUUGUGACAAACAAGGCUUCCCAAUGAAGCAAGGAGUGCUAACCUCUGGGCGGGUCCGCCUUCUGCUCCACAGGGGCACUCCCUGCUUCCGUGGGUAUGGCAGGCGUGAUGGUGAGCGCCGGAGGAAGUCGGUCCGUGGUUGCAUUGUCAGCCAAGACCUAUCUGUUAUCAACUUAGUGAUUGUCAAGAAGGGUGAGAACGAUUUGCCUGGCUUGACUGACACUGAAAAGCCCAGGAUGAGGGGUCCAAAGAGGGCCUCAAAGAUCAGAAAGCUCUUCAACCUUGCCAAGGAUGAUGAUGUACGCAAGUAUGUCAACACAUACCGCAGGACAUUCACUACCAAGAAUGGCAAGAAGGUGAGCAAAGCUCCCAAGAUCCAGCGGCUUGUGACUCCGCAGACCCUCCAGAGGAAGCGUGCCAGAAUUGCAGAGAAGAAGAAGAGGAUAGCCAAGAAGAAGUCCGAGGCCGCCGAGUACCAGAAGCUGCUCGCCCAGAGGCUCAAGGAGCAGAGGGAGCGCCGCAGCGAGAGCUUGGCCAAGAGGAGGUCCAAGCUUUCUGCCGCUGCCAAGGCCUCCGCCACCACCUCCGCCUAAGAAUGUUCAGAUGCUUGUUGUUUUAAGGCGCUUCCUCUCUAAGUUUAUACCUGAUGAACGGAUGCACUGUGUUUGAUGAUCAGUAGAACCUCUGCUUUUUAUCCUUCUAGUGGAAUUGGUACAAUUUUGCAUGAACAUGGUACAGGCUUGUUUGAGCUUUUCGAGUA